UAUAUUCUUGAAUUGUCAAUUCCCUGGAUCCCUAUAUGUUUUAAUACGAUCCCGGCUUAUCUGAAUUUCCGGGAUCCCUAUAUUUUUUAAUACGAUCCCGAAAAUCGUGAAAAAAAUACAUUAUUUUUAAAGAUUUUUAUAACUACUACAAAUCAAACUUAUUCAGAAAUCUCUACAAAACAUUCAAAUGAUGAUGAUAACAAUAAAUAGUAAUAAUAAUAAUAAUAAUAAUUCACCGAGAGUAGGUGGUUAAUUCCCGGGAUUACUAUAUGUUUAAUACGAUCCCGGGUCCCGGCUUUUCUAUAGGCGAUCCCGGGAUUUCCCCCCACCCCGUAUUGGGCCAGGGCAAAAAUGUCCUAUAGACCAGUUGAGGCCAAAAUGACCUGAAACCUGUGACUGAAACUGGUACAACAAUUUAACACUUUUGACAAGAUUUUCCUGUGGCAUAAUUUAACAUUUAAAUAAUUUUUUUAGUUAAUUCAAAAUUUGUCAUGAACCAAGGUAACAAACUGUGGAAUUAAUAACACUAAAUCUAAAUGCGAUUAAGAAUUUAUCAAUCCUAAAUGCGUCUGCGUGAUCGGAUACCAAUGAUCAACGGAGGUAAAAACGAAGCAUUUAUGUGAAAAAUACUAAUUUUGUACCUCAACUACUCACAUGACAGUGUGCUUCACUUUUUUAUCGGGCAAUAUCCGGUUUAAUUCCAGUAGAGGAUUAUAAUUAAAGCUCAUCUUUUAUCUAAAUGAAAAUUGACAGCUCACUUGUUGUGAUAGAUCAGUGUCAUUCAGGCGCUCCGAAAUUCUCGGCCGUCAAAUUUCGGUCGAGGUGUUCCGAUUAUUCCCGCGCUGGAAGUUGAAGAUGAAUAUCCUCAGCAAAUCUUAUCCGAGGGUACAAAUGCUGAAGGAUUGGCUGCACGAUAACAUUGAUGAUGACCUUUUGAAAUAUAAUACUAUGGACACCGAUUCUCACCAAAGUUUCAAGCAGUUGCUAUGUUCUGUAUAUGUGUGUGACAAUACAGAGAAAUAUCCGAUGUCUGCCUCGCCAACAUCUUGUUAUGAGCAGAGAGAACUGGUUUUAACAGCUAUUGAGAGAGCUUUGAGCAAGAGUGGACCUUGUAAGAAUCUCCUCUCAUAUGGAUUUUGUUUGAUGUCUCCAGACCCAUUUUCACAUAGAUGUGGUGUCAAUGUUGAGAACAGAUAUCCUAACUCCUGCGUUAAUAAGCUCUUCUACCCUGCAUGGGAAAUUUUACUGUCAAAAAUAGGUGAUACAGUCAUGACAUACUUGUUGGAACAUACAUCACUCUACUUAUAUAUAGAUACAGAUUGUUUUGUGCAAUUAACAGGAUUACCUUUAUUUGACCUUCUUAAACAAGACAAGAAUGAGAAGAAGAAAAUUUGUGAUAAAGUUUUUAAAGAAGUUGAUAUACCUCGUACAAGAAAAACUAAAGUUGACGGAAAUUUAAGAAGUAAUAAAACUGAUUCACCUACUGUCAUAGAGACGGAACAAAAUGGAACCCAGUUUGACUUUCACACUGAUCAUACAAGUUUUGAUAAGAUAACAGAGGUCACCAAUAAGGCUGAAGGUAUUUUAAACAGAACUCAAAUUGAAUGUUUAAGAAAUAUACCAGAAAACAAAACAAAUGAUAUAGUUUUAGAUAAAACUGAGGGAGGUGCAAAUAAAAAUCUGUUUACAAAUUGUGCGACAAGUAGUAGAUCUACCGAAGAUACAUGUAAUAAUAAUCGAAAAAAGAAAAGAAAAUAUGAAGAAAUCAGUGAACAAAGAUUUCUAGAUUUGAAAAGAGAAAGUGAACUUUAUAAAAUGAGGAACAGACAAGCUAUAGAUUGUCAUUCGGCAGGCAGUUUUGAUGAUCUUGCAAAUCAAGACUUAGGUAGUAAAGAUGCCCUUACUGGUAACAUUAUUGAUAAAAUGGCAAAAAACUUGAGAAAAAGAAAAUUUAGUGAAAUAUAUUCUGAAACUGAAAAUAGUGAAGAUAAUAAAAGUAAACAAUCGUGUUUGGGUAAUGGAAAUCAUACACAGAACGAUGAUAUUGCAGGAAAUAUUGCAAAUUGCAUAGUAGAGACCACGGAAGAAUUUAACACUAUAAGAAAGCUACCAAACACGGGUAUUAAUGUUAAGGUUAAAAAAGAUAGAAGUUGCAACGUUUUGUCAAAGAUCAAACACAGAAAAAGACGUACUGAAAAGAAGAAAUUGAAAAGUUCACAAGAGAAAAAUCUUGGCUACUCAUUUUGUCCUUUCGAGUUUCACUUGCCUCUUGCCAGGAACAGUGCUCUAUUUAGCAGAAAUCCCAGGGAAAAGCUCUCAAAAUCUGUAUUAUUAUCAAGACUUGACUCAACUUUUGAAGAUGCCUUUACACUUUGUAUGGAAAUAUUCUGCGACACAAAGGUUCUUACGAAAAAUGAACCUCAAGUUAUCCUUCCAGAUCUUCGAGAAAUGAAAAGUAAAAACUCUGAGAAAUGUAAAGAACCAUCACAUCCUAUUGAAAGCGGUUUGAAAAACAGUUUGUGUAAGAAAGGGAUGCAAGGUGUUAGUAAUGAUGUCCCUUGUGUAUGCUGUGACAAUGAGCUCAAGAUCAGGUUAGAACAUGUUGAGAAUCGUCAAUGUUGUAAUCUAUGUAAAAAUCAAAAGCAUACUAAACAAUCUUUCAAUGAAAAAACUGUUAAAAACUGUCCUUGUGUUACUAAAACUGAACUUUCUCGUAUUUGUGAACUAGAUUAUGAAAACACACAGGAUAAGCGUUUACUUAAUGAAAAAAUAAAAGAGAAAUUCAGUAAUGAUAAAUGUAAGAAAGUUUCACUGCUGGCAAGAAGAAAAUAUGAAGUUUUAAGUAGUAGAGACCCUGAAUGUUCUAUGGUUAGUGAAUGGAAGACUUUACAACAAAACGAAGGCUCUUGCUCCAACUUUGACCUUUCUAAUGAGAGCGGUAUAGUGGAAUCUGAUAUAACUUCACAGUACAAUAGUUCCAUGGCAAGAAGCAUGAGAAAGUUUGCCUUACCUAAAGCAGGCAAUUGUGAACGAUGUAGUAUAGAAAGAAUGGCAACAGAAGAACAGAUUCAGAGAAGUAAUAUAGAUGGUGAAACACUAUACAGGACGACUAAUGACACAUGCAUUAACAGUUCUCUCAAUAUACAUAGCUGUGUGCUACAUUGUGGACAAGAUUCAUGUACAGUUCUACAAGAAAAGAAUGCCCAAGACCAUGAUCCAUGUAGCAGGGAAGCUGAAUUAAAGCCUGGGAGCAAUGAUAUGGUAUCACAUAACACUCGGGCUAUUGACAUUUCCAUUGUUUCUGCUGUUGUACCUUCCUUAAAACAGUUUAUUGAAAAUCACAGGAACUGUCCUUACCGAGCUUUGUUAAAUCAUCAUUGUCCAGCUGAAGUAUACAAAACAAACCAUUCAGGUCCUAGGAUCAGGAGAGGUUUCCUUAGAAGUUCUCGGAGAAAUACAGCAUCAAAUUUGUUGAGAAGUCAUCAUCAUCCUAGAAAGGUAUUCCUGUUUCUCAGAGCCUGUAUAAUGAAGGUGCUACCAGUUAAACUGAUAGGAACAAAACAUAAUCUGAAUGUUAUACUGAAAAAUAUAUCAAAGAUGAUAUCAUUAGGGAAGAAUGACAGAUUGACACUUGGCCAGCUUAUGAAUGGAAUGAAGACAACAGAAGUUGACUGGUUGAGACCAACUACUUCAAACAGUUUAAGACUACACCUGUUGGCUAGACUGGUACUUUGGUUGUUUACCUACAGUCUUACUCUAUUGAAGACCUACUUCUACAUUACUGAUACUGCAUUUCUCAGAUAUAAGAUGGUAUAUUAUAGACAAGUUACCUGGAAUAAACUACAUAUAUAUGGAUUCAAAGAUCUUAUCCACAGGAAGAUUUUGAAGACUGUUUCACAGGUAUGGCCAUACCAAAGCCUUGGUGUAUCUGUACUCCGAUUUUUACCAAAACAACAAUCCUUGCGACCAAUCAUCAAUAUGGGUAGCUCUGUUACUGUUGAAUCACAUCAGACACUCUCUGUGAACAAGCAAAUCUCCGACAUGCACUGUGUGCUGACAUAUAUCAAGAAUAAAAACCCGUCACGGACUGGAUAUGGUAUAAUGGGUACUGACGACAUUUACAAGUCAUGGGUUGAUUUCGUAGGCAAGUGGAACAGCAGUGGGUCCCCAAAACUUUAUUUUGUGAAAGCAGAUAUAUGUAAAUGUUACGAUACUAUCUGCCAGAGUAAACUUUAUGCUAUAAUGGAACAUAUUUUGACAAAGGAGAUGUGUGAUGAAGAAUAUAUAAUCAGGAAGUACUUUAUUGUCGGAGUAAAGGAAGGGAAGUUGGUAAGGAAGUUUCAGCGUGAGGUUAUGCCAUUGUCAAAGUUUAACCCAGACUUCUCAUCAUUUUGUGCGGAGAAAGCAAAACAAGAUAAGCUGAGCAAUGUUGUCUUUGUAGACAAGGUAGUUUACCAGCAUGAGACUUGUGAAACGCUCCUAAAGGCACUGAAGAUGCACCUUUUUAACAACUUAGUUAAGGUAGGAAACCACUACUGCUUACAGACAUCUGGAAUAAGUCAAGGAUCAGUGAUCUCUACUUUAUUAUGUAGCUUUUACUACGCUCACAUGGAGAGAAACCUGUUUAAGAUAACUGAUGGGGACUUCUUGUUAAGACUGGUUGAUGACUACCUGUAUAUUACACCAACUCAACAUAAAGCUGUCAACUUUCUUAAUACUAUGAUCUCAGGUAUUCCUGAAUAUUCUUGCUAUACAAACAAGGAGAAAAUUUUGACCAAUUUCAGAUGGGAUGGUGACGGUGAUAUGUUUCCUGUGGUUUUGACAGAGUGGUUCCCUUGGUGUGGAAUGUAUUUUAACACAAGAACGAUAGAGACUAGCUUAGACUUCACCAAAUACUCUGGUUGCAGUAUGAAAGACACGGUAUCUGUUGAACAGUCAAACAAUCCUGGGAAAUCAUUGAAGGAAAAGAUUCUAUUCUCUAUAAGACAGACCUGCCAUAGGUUGUUUAUAGAUACAAGUAUCAACUCCAAGAAACAGAUGUUGAGGAACGUAUAUCAAAUAUUUCUCUUAGCAGUUUUCAAGCUUCAUAUACACAUAAGAAACCUUCCCUGUCACCAGGCAGACAGGAAUUCAAGGUUUUUCUUUGGAAUUUUAAUGGAGAUGAUAAAUGUAGUAAGAAAACUGGUGAGAAAGUAUCAGCAACAAGAUAAAAGACCUGUGUGCAGUUCAUUAGUUACAUGGUUGUGUCUUAAGGCGUGUACUGUUAAAUUAAGUAGACAUCAUGCUCAGUAUAGAAAUCUGCUGAAACAUUUACGUCACCAAUUGUAUCACAAACAAAAGACUCUGACCCCUUCAGAGUUAAAUGAAGUGAAUGAAGUUGUGGGGACUGGAAUGCCUGAAGAAUUUCACAAUAUUAUUUCAUAAUGAAAGCACACAUGUAUUUUAAUGAAAAUUUAUUUAUUUUGUCAAUUAGUAAUUGAUAAAGAUAUACACAUUUUA